AUGAAGAUCUACGGUUUAAGCUCAAGAAGUCCAGACGAGCCCUGUCAUUUUCACGGGUGCUUGCGCCAUGCGCUGAGGUUCGCCAGGUGGAUGGGAUUUUUUCCAGUCCAGGGUCUUGGAGAAGCUAGACCUGAGGGUAUUAGGUUUAAAAUUAAAUCUCUAUACAGUAUUUAUGUAUUCGCCACUUUUGGGGGACAAGUGGUGAUGUCCUACUUCUCUAUAAUGUUGUUCUUUCAAAGCGAAGUCAGUUUGAGUUCUAUAUUGGAACACAUCCUAUGUACUAGUUUUAAUAUAAAGUUUGUCAUGUACUGUCUCCAAGAGGCUGGAAUCACCAACAAUGUCAUGGAAAACUACGUAGAACAUAGAAUGCCUUAUAUUUUCAACUAUAUACCUUAUAGCUUCUUCAGUGCUUUAUUUUUUGAGUAUUUGUGCCUUCAAUCGACAUUUCUAUGGAGUUUCAACGACAUACUGAUAGCAUGCAUCAGUAUCUACAUUACAGCAUAUUUUAAGACUUUAAAUGCUGUUAUCGCCACUAAUUCUAAGAAAGAUAAGGACGCCAUUCCUUGGUCAAUAUUACGGCUACAUUACUCCAAUUUGGUGAAGUUAGUUAAAGAGAUAGAUGACAACAUCAGCUCAUUGAUUCUCCUGUCCUUCUUCACCGAUCUGUUCUACAUCUGUCUGCAGCUUUUCAAUUCUUUGCACCGGAACCAUGUCAGUUUCAAAUAUUGCGAUGAGACACAAACCAACCUAGCACUGUCAUCUCCAUUCUACCUCCUUUACUAUUUAUACUCCUUCGUCUUCAUUGUACUUCGGGCUCUGAUGCUGUCUCUGUUUGCAUCCAACGUGCACUGCGCGGCACUCGAACCUGUAUACUCCGUGUAUGAUGUGCCUUCUACAGUGUAUGAUAAUGAGGUGAACGUUGAUUCACUAUAA